AAGGCUCAAGAAAUAGAAAUAAAAAAAACAUGGGAAGCAUCAGCAGAGACUAGCAGAACAAUGGGAUGCUUGCUUUUCUUUGUUCUUGUCAGGGAAUUGGGAAUAAAUUUAAAAGGAGAUGGACAAAAUGGGAAGCACAGUCCCUCUCAAAAUCUACAAAAGACCUGGACAUGGACAUGCUUUUGAGAUUACCACCCUUGUGGAUUCUCUAGUGGAAAUCGUAUUGACUCGCCCACUCUCUGUUUUUGCUUCUUCCACCUCUCUUUCUCCUCUUCCCUCAAGCACUUUUACACAUCUCUCUUUUUCUCUCUGUUCUGUUGUUUCUUCUCUGGCAUUAUCACUUUCUGAACCAAUUCUUGUUCUUUCCUGAUGGAGUCUUUGCGCUACUCUGCUGAAGGGAAAGGCCUUGUGUUCUCUGAUGAAAUAGAUUUAUCUAUUGAUUCAUUUGGGAGAAGUAGAAAAUCAUUUACAAGAUGGGAUGGGGAUUCUGUUGAGAACAUGGAGUUUAUAGAUUUGGGUUUCUCUGAAAUGCCCAUAAAACCAUUCAAUGGCAAUAACACAGGGAGAUUGGCUGAUGGCAAAGAAGCACCAAAUAGCAAGUUUUUAAAAGAGAGAUCGGUGGUAUCUUCAACAAGCCCAAAUUUUCAAGCAAAGAAAACUCGAACAAUGAGUUCACGCUCUCAGACGCCCAUUUGCCAGGUAUAUGGUUGUCACAAGGAUCUCAGCUCCUUAAAGGAUUACAACAAGAGGCAUAAAGUUUGUGAGGUUCACUCAAAGACUCCUAAAGUUAUAGUUAAUGGUGUUGAGCAGAGGUUUUGUCAGCAAUGUAGCAGGUUUCAUUUGCUGGUUGAAUUUGAUGAUGGUAAACGUAGCUGUCGUAAACGCCUAGCGGGCCACAAUGAACGCAGAAGGAAACCUCAGUUUGGUGCUCUCUCUGGAACCAAAUAUUUGGGUACUUCCAUGCCAAAGAGAGCAUCUUUUCUUUUCCCAAACAUCCUUCCUGGUGGUAUUCUUUAUCCCGAGAGAUAUGAAGAGACCAACUGCUGCAGGCCUGUUAAAUUGGAAGAUAUAUCAAUUAACAGUACAAAUGGGCAGUUAGUUCCAAAUUCUUUUCUCCAUCUACAUACCAAUGGGAUCCAAAACACUACUGGAAUUUCGCUGUCUGCAAUUGAAGAGUUAACUGUUUAUAAUACUGUAUCAGAUAUUCACGAGUUAUCUAGGGUGUCUAAUUCCAGUUGUGCUCUCUCUCUUCUGUCAGCCGAAUCACAGAACCUGGGCCAUUCUGCUGGAAUUAUAAUGGCUAUGCCCUUCAUCAGUCAAGCUAGGGGUAUUUCUGACAAAACUUUUGGGGUAGAAUCUUCGGACGGGUAUGUGCCAAAUGGAUUUCAUUCAUCUGGAAUGAAUACCAUUAAAGCUAACCAUAUGGGAUCCUUCACGGUUCCUUGUGCUAGUUAUGCUGCUGGCCUUCAAGUUGAACCAGAUGGUUUUCUUCCAGAUUCAGAUAUUUUGAAUGCCAAAUAUUGUGUUUCUGCUGAAGAUGGAUCUACUGUGGAUUUGCUUCAGUUGUCUUCGCAUCUUCAUAGAGUGGAGCAACAAAGGAAUUCUGUGCAAGUGAAGAAUGAAAUUGAGGAUUUUCCAGUUUCCUUACCACAUACGGGGCAUGAAAGGAACAAGGAUAAAAAAGGAUACUUAUUCAUGGCUGGUGCUAAAAAUCUCUGAAUGAUGCAACUGGCUGGUAAUAUACACAAGACAAAUCUCAUACAAUCUGGAUCAAAGGCGCUAGUUGAAGCUAAGCUAAGUUAAAUGUGCAAACUAACUUCAUUGAUGCAAUAGACAAAAAGACUUGUAGACUUCAGAUGGUGGAAACUUAGAUGCAAUCUCUAGUACAUUACUCUCAGGUAUAUAAACUGGAAUUAAUAUUAGAUUAAUUGCUGUAAUGUUUCUUUCUCUGGUUCUCUCUAUUUUGCCCAUACAUGUAAUUGCUGGUCUGAUUCAAGGAUUACUGACUUGUACAACUCGGCAAAUCCUCUGACAACCUUAGUUUUUGUUUAUCUAAAGCAGAUCCUUCAUAUCACUUUGUGAAGCGGGAAUUUCAAAGGGACAAAAUGACAAGACCAACAUAAAAUUUGGUAGAAGAGCAUUAUUUCUUUUAAUAUAGAUAUCUCUAUAAGGGUGUUAAUACUUUUAUUUAGAAGAUGCUUGAUCAACUAGAUGAGCUUUCAUAUGUUUUAAACUUUAUUGAUUAAAUAUUCUACUGCUUUCUUAGUGCUGGUGAAUGGAAUAUUAGUAUUGGCACAUAAUGACUCUUCUGCAGUUCUUUACAGCCAUGUUGUUAUUAAAUUAUCCCACAACCCUUGGAACUUUGACCCCAUUGGAACUUAUGAAUAUUUGCAGAAGAUUGUUUUUCCAUCUUUGGCAUCAUUCUAGCCCAUAUUCUUUUUCCAAAUGAGGCAAAUGGGGAUUGGCCACUUCAGCCACUGAUAAAAAAGUCUCUCUUUUUGCAUUCUUUCUUUACUUUUCUUGAGUGUUCUGUGGAUAGUGAGUUGUAAAAGACGACACAAAUUCAAAAAGGUGGGAAAAAUUGAGCCAUCAAUCCCCACAUAGGAAUUCUGUUUAUUAUAUUGCAGAGUUGCAAUUUGGCAUAAACUAAGAUUACGCCUGCUAAUAAAUUAUGUUUAGUGUAAUUAAUUAUAUGCUCAAGGGUUUAUAAUAUUUGUGUGUGUGCAUGUGCAUGGCCACUUGUAUGCCCACUUUGUCUUUGUGAUCGUUGGUUCUAAUAUAAUGUUGUGAAGUCACUGAUGACGCAGGUUAUGAUCAUAUGAUGUCACUCAUGACGCAUAUGUUAUUGGAACUUGGCAACUCUUCAUUAGUUGUGAUACCAUACGUUUUAGCUACUUUGUCUCAACUUUGAUCCUCUGAUUCCAUACCAGAAUAAAAAAUUGUACAUGUAUUUGGAAAAUGGCUACUGUUUUAUAUUGUUAGAAGAGAAAUAUAGUUUAUUAGAGAUAGUAGAAAUAGAACCCAAGGCUCAGCCUCAAAAAAACUGAGAAAUGGACCAAUCUUUCAAAGCUGAAAUUCACAUCUGAAACCCCAAUACUAGUAUGGGCCAACCCAAAAAGAGGGAACUCAGAAAAAGCUUCAAAGUGUGUUCUUGUUCAUUAGAAGGAAGGAGACAACCCCAUCAAGAAACAAGGCCAUGCAAGGUCGACAAUCAAAUGACCCAUGCUCUACGAAGGUCAAAUCUAAAUUAAGGCCUGGUUUAAUUAGGGGAAAAUUAGCUUCCUUCUAUGGAAGUUACUUUCUGAGGGCUAGACUUUUCAGAAAAUCGGGAGUUUGAACGAAAUAAAGUGUAAGAUGAUUGGAAAUCAAUCUUAAGAGUACAAUGGGCGUAGCUGAAAAAGAAGCUAAGAAGCCCUUCAUGGGGAAGAACCCGCACUUCGAGUUAGGAAUGAAGGUAUCCCUUUGGUUGAAAGGGGCUGGGAACAUCACAGUUUCGGCAGAGAAAUGAUGCUAAGACCUCAACAGAAAGAAGGAAUGGAUAAAAAAAAAAAGUCUGUGUAAAGUUCGACAAGAAAUUUAUACAGUUAAACUUUCUUUUAUUUGGCAUUUUAUGUUUUUCUGUAAAAAGAAAACUUAUGUCACUUGUAAAUUUUUCUAACUCGAUAAAUUUUAAAAAAAUUGAUUGCGUACUUUUGUAUUAA